AUGGAUGAACGGCCAAUGCUUCGGGGCAUUUUCGCCUUCGAGGAUGAAGAGACCCCGGAAUGGCGGCGUGUGGUCAUGUCCGAGACGUCGGGUGGUGUACCGAAGUUCGCCACUAGGGCGGAGUGUGAGGAUUUUAUUCGUAAACACUGCUGGCGCGGCUCCAAUCCAAGCUUUCCCAAGCUGCAGCACGUAUUUUCAAUGUUUGUAAGCUGGCAACAAAUUGAAGAAGUCUUGUCACCCAAAAUUGAUGAGUAUGAUCUUAAAUUUCCGCCUGAACCUGCACCCUGUAUAAGUGCUGACAAUCGCUUCGCACACGGUGAAGGCUUAUCGAUCACCGAAAACGUCGACUACCGCGUAAACUUGCCUUUUCACCAACAAACGAAUCGCGAGUCAACAUAUAAUACUCUGCACUAUUUAUUUUAUCAUAUGCGCUGCGGCAUCUUUGUGAUGAUUCGUCGCCGGCGCGUUGUCAUCUUCGCCCCUUUUGCUAAUAAAGAUUACGAAAACAAUUGGGGACAUAACGUGACUUUUGACAGCUCCGACGGUAGUAUGUACACCUAUUAUCGCGAAAAACAGCGCUGCUACCGUCGCGAGAAUAUUAUUCAAGAUGUGAACAAGUGGUGGGCCAAUGGUAAUAUCAUUUGCAAUGAGCAUUGCAGAUAUCGCGAUCGAGAAGAUGAGACUCAGUACUGGGGAGACCAGUUCUUAACACAACUAAGGGAUAUGCUUGAGAAUGCAUGCAACAACCGCAAUAUCGCCGACUGUGAAUUUUUUAUCAACAAACGCGACUAUCCACAUUUGAAGAAAAAUCUGAGCGAGCCAUACGGCUUUUUAUUCGACAAGGAUGAUCGCGAUCCAAGUGAUGAUAUUCCGCUAACAAGACACCUUUAUGCGACGUAUGCACCAGUAAUGAGCUUUUAUGUGUCGAAGCGCUUUGCAGAUAUUCCUUUUCCUUGUUCCGAAGAUUGGGAAGCUGCGACUGGUCUUGUGUUCCCACAAUCGUUCCGACAUACGCAUUGCGACAAAUGCCCAUGUCAAAACUUUGUACACUGUGAAAACGAUUGGGAAUGUUUCUGCGACGUUGGUGCGAAUGGCCGAAAGAGACACGGCAUUGAAAGUGCGCGAGACCUGUUCACAGCAAACAAUUUCCGCAAAUUUUUCAUCCCGUGGGAAAAUAAGGUGAACACGGCAUUUUUCCGUGGCAGCGCUACUGGUGGUGGCACCACGAUUGACACUAACCAACGUCUUCACUUGGCCCAUCUUUCCACCAUUUGGAAAAAGGAUCCGACGAUGAUUUGGAAGGCCCAAAGUGAUUCUCUGGACGAGAAUAGUGUCGACCAAGAGCUGGUACCGCUUUUAAAUGCUGAGGUAACAACGUGGAAUCUCCGCGAUAAGAAAAUCGCGGGCAAGCCGAUGACGUAUUUGCACAGCAAAAAUUUUGUUUUUGAGGCUGGACGCCAGCAUUUUAUACCAAUCUACGAGCAAUCAAAGUUCAAAUACAUACUAUAUGUCGAAGGUCACUGUGCCGCGAAUCGUUACGCAUUUUUGAUGCGUCUGGGCAGCGUGAUUCUGAAGGUGGAGUCACGAUGUGUUGCCGAUGAAAUGUGGUAUUUCCCGAUCCUCAAACCUUUUGAAGACCACGUGCCCAUUAAGGCAGAUCUUUCGGACCUAGCAGAAAAGAUUAAAUGGUGUCGUGACAACGACGGUAGGUGUCAGCAAAUAGCAACAUGUGCGAAUGAACUGUAUCAAAAAUUUGUUUCAAAAGAGGCUAUUCACGACUACGUGGAAGUGAUUUGCAAUCGAGUGGCACAACGCUUUCGAGCUACGCCAAAAUGGUACAAGCGUCCAGAGUGUGUUAAUUCGAUAAAGAAGCCUGACUUUGGCCGUUGUCGUGGAAUGUGUGUUGGUGGCUCAAGCGCCCGCUAUUGCAAGCGCUGUCAGGAGAUGAAGGAAAGUGACGAUGAAGCACGAGCGAACCGUGAGUACGAGCGACAAACUUCAAGGAAUAAUUAUGGUGGCUUCUCGUACAGCAGUUUUGGUCGCGACCAUGGCCGCAAGCGUAAUCGGUCUCACGGUCAUGAUCGAUCAAGUCAUAGUCACCGUAGAGAAGAUCGUGACCGUGCUGAACGUGGCUAUGGCGGUGCCUCGAUUGACUACCGUGGUGACAAUAUGUGCGACAGGAGUCGGAGUCCAAACCGCCCACGCGUGCAGCAAUGCCGUAAAUGCCGUCGUGCAAAGUCUGCGUGUCAAUGUAGUUUUCGUGGCACAUAA